UAGCAAAACAAUUUUCAUAUCUCCUAAAAUGCGUGCUCUUGUAUUGUUCGGUCUGGCGCUGGUGGUAUCCGCAACGGCCGUAGACGUUUCGGUGUCAUACCACGACACCAUUGGUAUUCCCACCGCGGCGAAGAUAAAGGCUUACGAAGAUGCUUAUUUUGCGAACCGAGGAAAAGACGAAAAAAUUAUUGGAGGUGUACAUGCUCCCGUCGACGCUCAUCCAUACUUCGCCGGUCUGCUGGUAAGUUUCAUUGGCCAAGCUAACAGAUCAGUUUGCGGCUCCUCUCUUAUCUCGUCCAACCGCCUGGUGACUGCCGCUCACUGCUGGAGGGACUCUCAAAAGCAGGCCUGGCAGUUUGAAGUCAUCCUUGGAUCAAUUUUCUUGUACAGUGGUGGUAUCAGGAUCAAUACUAACCAGGUCUACACGCACCCUCAAUGGAAUCCCUUUAACCUUAACAAUGAUGUCGCUAUGAUCUAUCUUCCUGUUAGUGUAUCGAACGCACCCGGUAUCGCGCCUAUCAGCCUUCCACAGAACAAUGAGUUGUGGCAGACAUUCGUGGGACAGUGGGCUACUGCUGUUGGCUUCGGGAAAACUAGCGACCAACAAACAGGUUCAUCGACUGUAGUGAGCCACGUAGGCUUGCAGGUCAUGAAUGUGGCGCAAUGUCAACAAAUCUACAACAACCCACAGCAAGGUUUAUUCUACGUGGUGGCCAGCACGCUGUGCACCGCCGGCUGGGGCGGCGUCGGCAUCUGCGGCGGAGACUCCGGCGGACCUCUCGUCACCAACUUCAAUGGAAGAAAUAUUCUCAUUGGUGUAAGCUCAUUUGCCGCCCACAACGCUUGUCAGCAUGGUCACCCUUCGGCCUUCGCUCGUGUCACCAGCUUCAUCAAUUUCAUCAACCAGCACAUGUAAACGAUACAAAACCAACUUCAAAAGAUUCCGAAAUAAAAUAAAAUGAGAGAUUAAAUGAGAGAAUAAAAUAGAAUGAGAACGAUUGAAUCUAGUUUAUUUCGGAUUAAAGAGAUAAAAUAUUAACUCUGUCAUAGGUAUCUAUAGUUGAAGCAAGUAGACAUGGUGAACUUCUUACGCCUUACGUCGGUUAAUAACAAUAUAAUCUCAUCUUUAAAGUUGUAUCAUCUCAUGAUGUUUUCCUUUACUGUUUGUCAGUGGAGCAAUACACUAAUGAAUAACGUACCUACUUUGAAAAGUUCACAAUGACGCUUGCAUGUGAGAUCGAACCUGCACAAAAUGACUAGAAAAGUCCAGUAGCACGGUUUCAUGAAGUGCCAAUUGUUACAUUUGUAUAUUCUUAAGUAGCCAGUUUCGUUCAUAAAAACAUUUUUUAUCCUUAUAAUUAAUUAUUGGUAAAAUAAAAUAAAUAAAGAGAUUA